CUAACCCUGAAACGAAGGAAUAUGAAUAUUAUAGAGAUAGAGGACACUCAGAAUGAUCAAUUGGGUUCAGGAAUCAUGCAACAGAAGAAAGAAGAUAUGAUCAAGCUGCAGUACUCUCAAGAUAACCAAUUAGCUUUUGAGAAACCCGACUAUUUUCAGAGAGAUAAUCCUCAGUACAAUUUGACCGAUGACUUGAUCUUCCAACCUUUCUCGCAGGAGUACAGAGCAAGAAAUGCAAAUGAAUUAUAUGCAAGAUUAAAUUGUGGAUUUUCAAGCCCAUCUGAAGAAGAUGACCCUGAUGAACAUGAAUGUGACUGCCCUUCUCAAAUUAAUUUUGAAGGGAUGAACUAUAUCAAGGGUCUAACAAGGAAGGAUCAUACUCUGUUUGAAAAGCAUUUUUAUUAUUGACAUGACAAAGGAAGGAUCAACUGUCAAUCGAGACUGGUUUACAACUCGAAGAACAAAUUCAUAAAGCUUAUAACUCCUCAUAAUAAAGCUUUGAGUGAACACCAGCUACACAAGAUAGAAACUGCAAUUAAAUUCAGAAGGAAUAGGACUGUUGAGGGAUUCAUCUCUGAAUAUGACAUUAAAGAAAUUGAUGAGAUUAUAUCAAAGCUAUUGAUCCAGAAUAGGCAUGUAACAGUUUCCAACCUGAAGAUAUUCCUUAGCUCGAAGAUAGCCAUUAAUCAAACACUUCCUAGUGAUCAGGAUCUUAACCAAAGGCUAAAUGAGAUUUAUAAAAAGCUUUAUAAUUCAAAGGACCAGAUAUGAGAAAUAUCAACUCUUACAUGUGAUGAUUUUGGGAAGCCGCCAUUGUUAUUUUAUAACAACACAACGAGAAAGGCAGAAAAAGCAUAUGUGUUUUAUUCCAAUCCCUUCCAGACACAUCUCAUAGAGACUAAUAAAACAUUGCAGAAAUACCAAAUUGAUUUACUAAGUAAAGCUGCUCCUGAAGGAUUUGAGACCGUUCUCAUCAUAUCUAUUCAAGAUAUGCAGACCAGAAGUCCGAUCUGUGUAUAUUUCGCACUACUUGAGACCAAAACGAAGGAUUCUUUAGUAGAAGUAUUCAAGUCUUUCAAGAAGAAUAUGAAACCAGACCCAGCACUAAUCGUCUCUCCAUAUGAAGCCACCGUAUUAAGCGCUCUAGCUGAAGCCUUUCCUCAAUGAGUUGUCAAAACUUGUUACUUCAACUAUGUGAAGAGCAUCUGGAAGCUUGCAUGCAAGUUUGGUCUUAAAGAGCAAUCUUUAGUAAAUCGAACAAGAGGUCUAAUAAACUACCUCAAAGUGUUGUCCUUAGUUAAAGAAGAGAAAAUCAGGAAUAAUUACGAUAAGAAGAAAAAGAAGAUUUUCGAAUGUCCUCAGGAUGAAAACUCCAGAAAAUACAAAGACUUUCUCAUGGAAUAUGAGAAGACCUUCAUGGCUACUAAUGUCGAAAGACAAGUCCGGAGAAGCCAUAUCAACUGCUUCUCAAUGAAGUCAUGGAACUUCUAUGAUUACACUAAGAAUUUGAAAGAAAAUGCUUUGAUAAAUUCUUAUGCUGAGAGGAUGACCUUUACUCAGUUGAAGUUUUUCUGAUACAAAACAAAGACUUUGGACAGCUUCAUCAAAGCCAUUCAAGAAUGCGAAUUCUCGAUGAAGGAAUUUUAUGAGAAAGAGUCAAAGAAUCUCCAAUCCAACCAAAGAGAUAUCUUACCUAAAAAUUUAUACGAUAAGAAGUGGGCUAAACGUGUAGGCACUGAAACUGUGUUCAUGAUCAGAUACUUUGGCCUUGGUAAAGACUUCCUUCGUAAAUUCAGAACUGAAGAAGACCUGUUUUAUAUAUCAGAAGAUGAGGAUGCUGAAGAACUCAAGCAGAAAGAGAAGCCUGAACCUAUCAAAUCAGUGAGCAGGAAUGUUAAUCCUGAAGAUAAUGUUCGAACUGAAGCCCAAGAACGAUCAAAAGCUUCAUUUCCAAGGAAAAGAUGGUAUAGAAACAACGCUUAUUCAGGAAGAGGAAGAUACAGAGGUUAUGGCAGGAGAAACUGGUAUAAUAGAGGAUAUAAGAACAAUCGAUAUGGCUACAAAUACAACAAAGGCCCUCGAAAUUGGAAAAGAAAUAACAACUUCAAAGAUAAUAAAAUUCCUAAAGUUUCUCCCAAGGAUGAAUCUUCUUCUGAGUCAAAUCCUAGAGAAGAAAAAGUUAUUAUUGAAGAAAAAUCUUUACCUAAGAAAAUUGAAGUUCAUACAAUUGAAACACAAGAUGAUAUGUCGCAAGUUGUAAAGCAAAAGGCUCCAGAGAAAAUUCAACCUGAAUCGAUCAGCGAUGAUAAAUCAGAAGCAUGAUCUGAAUCAAAAGAAGAAAAUAGCCAAGAUAGCUUCAAGAGGAGAAGGUACAAAAAAGAUGAAUUACUCCAAGAAGCACGAAAGGAAUCUCCCAAGCCUAUUGCUAAAACAUUGACUCCUAUGGAAAAGAUCAGAAAAGUCCUCAAAGAAUACAACUGUGAAGACUUCAUAAAAAUUCUUCAAGAAGAUAAUAUUACUGAUGAGAAAGCUUUGAGGAUGAACAUCAAAGAACUAAAGAAACUAGGGUUACCUGCUCAGCCUUCUCGUCAGAUAUUUCAAGUUCUUCAUUCAGACAAGCCUGUGAAUCCUACUCCGAAACCAAUUUGCAUCAACACUCAAGAAAGUAUUGCACAAAAUCUCAAUUCUUAUCAAUACACAGAACAGCCAAAGCCAAACGCCAAGCACAAAACCUUAAAACUUCAAAAAGAAUCCAUGCACAAAAUAAACACUCCUUUGGAAAGACUCAAGAGCCAGUCCCAGAUCAGGAGGGAAAAGUUUAAGGAAAGAAUGGGAUUUACGAAGCAGAAGAGGAAGAGGUAUAAUAAGCAGGAGAUUAAGAUUAUUACCAGUUAUAAACUUGAUAGUUGAUUGAAGAAGGCAGAAGGACUGAAAAUGAAGAAGAAGAUUGAUUUUAGAGAGAAGGUUAGGAAAAGUUUGCAAAAGGAUUGUACUGCUAAAUCAAGGCCUAGGAAAAGGAAAGCAUGACUUAAUCCCGAGAAUGAAGAUGAAGCUGUUAGCCUGAAAUGCUUCUCAGAGAACAGUAACUGAGAAGCUAAUAAAGAUAAGAAUCAGGAAUCUCAGUUUUUGAGUGGUCCAGAUUAUAGCAAAACAACAAGAGUCGUUAAGGAUGAAGAAGAAUAUGAUACCCAAAAUGAGUACGAUGACAAACACCACUCUCAAAGUUCACAUUUAGAAGAAGAAAAGAGUGUCAAGAUGAGUGAUGUUGAAGAAGACACUUUCUUGCCAGCAAAAUCUACUAUAAAUACUCAAGGCUCAGAUAAUGAGCCCAAAAUACAGCCAAUUGUACCUAAAAUAGAAGAGUCUACUCAAGGAAAGCAUCCUGGAUUUUAUUCAGAGUCUUCAACUCAAAGCAACCAGCUAAAUCAGAAUAAGCUAAAAUCCUUUGAAAACUUAAUAAACCAGACUUGAUCAGAAACAGAAAACUUCCAAAACCAAAAAUCAUAUCUUAACAACAUUGGCACAAAAGUAACCACAUGAGAGACCAAAAUAAACUCUUCAAACAGUGGCACACAGAUAAAAUCCACAAAACAGAGCGUAUUCAAGACAAAAAGGCACUUAAAGGCCCAUUCUCCUAAGAAACUCACACCUCUCCAGCCCUCACCAGUUCCAGCAAAGCCAGCUCUCACUCUCAACAACUCAGCUACCAAACCCAGCCAAUCCUGAGCUCCAUCCCAAAAGCAGCAGCCUCUUGAAACCCCUCAUGUCGCUCAAUCCCAAGAAGACUCAGAUAAAAUCUCAAAAUACAGCUACGAUAACUCUCAGAGUACCCAAACAGGCCGUAAGACCCAAAGUCUGACUGCCAAGCUCAAACUCUCCAAAGAAUUAGAACAAAUGAAUAACAAAGGGGAACCUUCAGAUAGGCUAAAAGCAGUAAUGAAGUCCCUCAUCACCAAGCUGAGGGUACAAGACAAAGGCAAUACUUCUGAAGAUCGUAUGAAGAAGUAUAGGAGGCCUUACCACCAGAACUUCGCACAAGGGGAGGAGAAGAAGUAUGACCCCAAGCAGAAAGCAGCUAAUAGGUUUAGGAAUAAGAACAGAACUAAAGCUACGGUCAAGGUUAAGCAUACUUUAAAGAUAAAGGAAUAA